CCAGGUAGGCUUGUCUGCUGGCGCUAUGUUUACCUGCACCGAUAGAUCGCUUUACCGAUGUUCAAGAAUCACAGCCAACACGGAGAAUCUUAAUAUGGAACCUAUGUGCACAUAGAGUGAUGACGUAGUACUCAGGAAUUCAGAGAAAAUAUGUCUGCCUACCAUGAAGUUACACAAGUUUUGUGUGGAUUUUAAUUAGUGAAUUAGAGAAGUUUGACUUCCGCGGUUUAAUAAUUUUGUAUAUAAGGAGUUGUAUUUUUGUGAUUUAGUGAUAAUAUUGUACAGAAGGAUUGUUUUUCAAUUAUGAGUGAGGAGGAGAAAGAAAAUACGCCGGCUGUGUGUGAACGUUUUGAGGCCCAGGCAUGGAGAAAAAUAUGCAAGAACUGUUUUCAACCACCAGACAAACAUAGCGCUUCUGCAAUUUCGAAUGGGCACCAGGAGGUAUCAAUACAAAAGGACACGAAAGGCGCGGCAGCUACAUCGAUAAAAGACAAAUAUGAACAAUUAGAACGUGAGAAAGAUCAACCUCGAGAUUUACCUCAUACUUUGCCGAGGACAAAAGGCAAAGGAGGCUUGGCCUCAUUGACAGAAAAGUACAAUGAGUUGGACAUGAAAAGCGGUAAACUUCCGGCCAGUCCUUCCGGAAACAUUCCACCUCCUGUAUUUCCAAAAACAUUCAAAAGGGAUGGCGAUGGAGGGCUUCAAAAGUCGAAAUUUGGUUCUGUUGAAAAUAUCAGUAUCACUGACAUUGACACUAAACCGUCAAGUAGCAUCGGUAUUAAGAAUAAGUUUAAGUUUGGUUCUAUGGAAAACAUAUCAGAUCAUGGAAAAAAGAAAGACGCAAGUCAUAUAACCAUAAGCACUUCAAAAUUUGGUGGUUCUAGUGAAAACAUAUCAGGGUCAAAAGCUAGUGGUGCUCCUUCAAAGGACAAAUCUAACUUAUUAAAUAAGCUUGAUGCCUUUCAAAGUGAACUAAAAUCUGGUUCUGCAUCCAAGGCAGGCCCGACUGUUAUACACAAGCAAAAAGAUGGUAAUGUGGAAAUAAUAAACUUACCCCCAAAAGGUGAAAAAGAUUCUAAAGGAAUUAGAGGUGAUAUUAAAGAUAAAUCAUCUUUAACGCUUGACAUUAAGGGUACAGCAAGCAAUAAAACUAAGGAAGGUGAAGAAAAGGGAAAAAUUGGCUUUAAGUCUGUCUUUGAAAUAAAGUCACCGGUCCCUGAAAAUGCAACUCAUAAAUCUCCAAGAGAUCUUUUGUCACCAACAAGAAAAGUUGACAAAACAAUUGAACAUAAUAAAACUGAGGAAGAAGUUCCUAAGAAAGGAUUAUUAGGGAAAUCUCAGGAUCAGCUUAAACAUCUUUCAAAAGAUAAGGACGAUACGUCAAAUACAUUGGACAAAAAUAAGUUUAACUUGAAAGAUCAGUUGAAAUCACCAUCACAUGAUAAGAGUCUAGAUAAAGGCCCCUUAUCGAAAAUUCAGUUGAGAGAUCAACUUAAGUCACCAUCACCGGACACUGAUAAAAGUCCAUUGUCAAAGUUUAAAGACAGACUUCUGUCCCCAACUGCAGAAAAAGAUAAUCUUUCAUGGAAAGACAAAUUAAAAUCUUCACCAAAAGAGUCAAGUACUGAUCUUAAACAUCAGUUAAAAUCACCCUCUCAAACGGCAGAUAAGAAACCUGAUUUAAAACCAGAAAUUAAACAGGCAGAUACAAAGCAGUCCUCUGUUGCAUCAUUUAAAGAUCAAUUAAAAUCAAAAUCUGAGAGGCAAACGUCAUCGGAAAACACUGAAUCUCCAAAGUUGACAGACUUAAAAGGACAAUUAAAACCAAAGACAGCCGUAAAUGAAAGAGUAAUAGACACCAAACUUGGUGAAAAGGAUGACAAAAAGAAAGGUUUUAGUUUUAAAGAUCAGCUAAAGUCUAAUAAAGAACAAGAAGCAGAUAAAAGCAAGACUAGUUUUAAAGACCGAAUUAAGUCUCCUAUGAAAGAUAUUUCAACUGAUCACAGCACCCCUACAGACAAUAGAAGCAAAGUGUCAAGUUUCAAAGACCGAUUAAAAUCUCAUGGAAAAGAGGAAGAAAAACAUGAUGAUAAGAAAACUCCAUCAACACUAGACAAUAAGAAAGCUGCGUUUAAUAUUAAAGAUCAAUUAAAGUCAAGUAAGAGUGACAAAGACACAUCGAAGGAUAUAAAAGACUCUUUGUGCUCUACUCAGGAAAAACGAGGUGUAUUGAAUUUUAAAGAUCAGUUGAAAUCGUCAAAGUCAGAACAUGACAAGACAACUGAUAAGCCUAAAACGUUGUUCGAAAAGAAAGAUUCGGAUAAAACAGCGAAACCUUUUGAACUUAAAAGUCUUAAAAAGUCAGAUGACAGUGACAAAGCAAAGCCAGACGAAAAAGCUAAAUUCCAUUUGCCGGCUCUCAAAUCAAAGGAAAAGGACAGCAAGUUUGGCAACAAAGAUCUAAAAGAUGUACCAGAAAAGAAAGACUCGACACUUAAAAAUAAGUUUGAAGUUCCAAAAUUAAAAGAAAAGGAAAGCAAGUUUGGGGCAAAAGUUUUGAAAGAUGUAUCAGACAAAAAAGAAUCGGAACCUAAAAACAAAUUUGAAGUGCCGAAGUUGAAAUCUUCUAGAUUUGAUAAGUCUGAAACAGAAAAGAAGACAGAAAAAGAUGAAAAACCUGAGCCAAAAACAUUGUUCGGAAAAGGUGCAUUCAAAACGCUAAAGGCAAAAGACAACUCUAUUAAUGACAGCAAAGUCAAUACUAAAACUGACAAUAAUGUCAAAGUGGUUGACAAACAUGAAGCGACACUAAACGAUAAAAACCAAAAGACAAUUGAAAACACCACAGUUCGGAAAAUAGAUGACCUUACCAGUGAUUUUCCUACUGAAACGAAAUCUACAGGAACUCACGAAAAAGGGUCUGAUGUUGACAAUGAAAAGGACAAUAACAAACCGCAGCUGUCAGAUAUCAGUAAUAACAAUUUCGAACGAAUUUCGACUGAUACUGAUACAAGUACCUCCGAACUUUCGGACAGUAAAGGUAAAAGCGAAGCAUGCGCACAGACGAGCUCGCAGGAUCAGGAAAAGUCACCUUUACAUGUGGAUACACAGGUAUUUACCAGCAGUCGGAGCAAAACCGCGGGAGUCAGUUCACUGGCAGACAUUGAUAGUGUAGACUCAACUGACGCUGAUAACAAGCAUAUUGAACUUUCGGGACUUGAAUUUAUUAAGAGUCCAUUGAGUGAUAGUGGUAUAGGAGGUGACAGUUUAACACAGAAUGGCGACAUUAGUGGAACCGAGAAACCGAAUAGCGUACAUGUGGAUAGAAAGCCUACGGUUGAAUUUAGUGAGGAUGAAAUUAAAAAGCUAAAGGAAGAGUUGAUUAAUAUGACAGAACGGUGUCAAAAUCUAGAAAAAGAAAAUGAAAUUUUGUCAGAUGGUCUCAAAAAGAAGGAAAGCUCGCUCCAAGAAGAAAAACAACAAGUUGAAGACACUUUAAAGGAUCUUCGAGAACAGCUGACCUCAAUGCAAGGUAAAUGCAGCAGACUUGAAGCUGACAAUCUUAACUUGCUAAAUGAUAAAGGCGCUGUAAAGGAACCGUCGUCCAACAAACCGGAUACGGAUGAAAGGAUGGACGAGGGUGGUGACGAGCGAGGGUCGGCUGCGACUGCGCAGCUUAUGGAAGAUAUGAUAGAGGAAAAUGAGGCGCUGAAGGAUGAUAUUAAGGAGCUGAAAGCGGAAAUGGAAGAGAUGUACGACAGUUUCCGGGACCAGGAGGCCGAGGAGUUCAGAGAACUGCAAAAGGAGCUAGAUUUCACAGCAAAGAACUGCCGCAUCCUGCAGUUCAAACUCCGUAAGAUGGAACGGAGAAACGAGCAAUUGGAGUCAGACCGAGGGUCUAUCGAGGACCGGAUGCGCAGCCUCCAAAGCCAGUUCGCCGACAGGGACGCUGUCGCCCAUAUCCGAUCACUCGAGGACGAACUCAGGAUGUCGAAGGAGAUGGCUGUCCGUCUGCACGAUGAGCUGGACGUCAUUGAAGAGCGGCGGGGCAAAGUUGAGGAAGAGAAUCGCCAUCUUACGGAACUCCUCGAGCAGGCAGACCGGAAACAGUUCAGACUCGAGUUGGAGGUGGAUAAACUCAGGGACAAGGUUGUGGAUCUACGUUCACAGGUCCGUGAGGCUGGCUCAGGUGGCACCAGUAACGGGGAGCCAAGAAAGGAUGAACCGAUAGCUUCCGGCAGUGGUGGGCCGGAAGUGGAGUCCCGGGAGACGGCGGACCUGAGGCGCCAGUUGUUAGACAUCCGGGAACGCGAGCUGGAUCUUCAGGAUCAGGUCAACUUCCUGUGUGCGGACAAUAAGCACCUCCAUAAUGCGGUACGUGAGUUGGAGCAAGAUAACGAAAACCUCAGACGACAACUGAAGAAAAUGACAGUUGAAAAAGCUUUGAAUGGGACAGAAAAUAGUGCCAAAAAUGAAAGCUGUGAAAAUGUGACAGAACUUAAAAUUCAGUUGGAGCUAGCUGAGAAAGAACUAUGUACCACGCGUACGAAUAUGACCUCACUUGACGAGGAGAAUGACAGUUUGAAUUAUGAGGUCCAGAAGUUGAAACAGAAAAUUAAGGAGCAAGAUAAAAUAUUGUCCGUCGUUCCGGAGCCGUCUUCUCCAAGGUCAUACUAUGAUGAUAAGAUUAAAUGUUUAGAACAAGAAUCUAAUGAAUUGAGGCGGAAAUUAUUAGACAAAGAUAACGAAAUAGAACGAUUAUACGCGGAAGUACGUGAAUAUAAACAUCCGGCGACGGACCGCUUAAGUAGGACGCUCAGAAAAAGUAGGUCUCUUGAUUCUGAGUCUGAGUAUAAUCUAAUUGUAGAUUUAAGACGCCAGCUAGAGGUAUGUAAACAGGAAAUUGUUUUCUUGAAAGAACGAAUUGCAAAACAUAAGCAGAAUGACAACAGCUUAGAAAAUGUGCAAAAUGAAAGGAAAGCUAAUGAGCAAACUCGCAUUGCUCCGCUGUCCGGAAUUGCCGUCGCAUUUAUUGAAACAGACGUCGAAGAAAAAUUAACACAGAAAAUUGAUUUAUUGGAAAAGACACAGGGAAACCUGAAGAAAAAACUUGCAGACCUUGUUAACGGUAUUAUAUCAUUAACCCAAACCUAUGUACCGAACUUACAUAUAGAUUACAUUUCAAAUAUUGCAAAAAUGUACCGAUCAGACAACCUAAUUGGACCGUGUAGCAUUGCGGAAACUGUCAGAACUAUUUUUUCUAUAUUGCGAGUAGAAAACGAGAUCUCCCCAGGUACCGUUCGUUCUGAGAGCGUUUUCUCUCAGCCGGGUUCUACAGGUAGAAAUGCUUACCCGUCGAGUGAUUCCUCUGAUGAUAAUGGGCAACAGGCAUUCUAUGGAGAUUCACUUUUCUUAUACGACCCCGAUCUUUGCCUCUUAUUUAUAGAGGAAGUGAUCUCGACGCUUGUGCAGUGUUGUGCCAGUGAAAUGAGUGAUAGGGAUAAAAAUCCAUCUGUUGUGGAUCCGGAAGUGGUCCCAGGGAGCAGUGGAUGUCAGGUGCGAGCUUCCGGGGAUAGUUCUUACAGUGAUACCGGAAAAAGUCCGGUGGAAUUAGCUUGUAGUGACAUUAUAUCUACUUUUGGAGAAAUGGGUGACACUGAACCCUUUGAAACUACUGAUGAAAUGCAAGAGAGAACAUAUUCAGAUGUCACUCUUGGGGAUAGCGUCUGUAAGGACUCUGAAAUAAACCCGGACGAGGCUCGGACUAUCGGCCACCUUGAGGAUUCUGUUCAAAGAAGUGAUGAAGCAAAAUGUUUAAGUGAUAAAAUAGUCGUGUCUAAAAAUAACAGUACCGAAGAAAUAACUGAUUCAAAAGGUGAAAAAGAUGAAAACGAACAGUUAUCUUGUAAAGGCAAGGAAGCCAUACAUGGCAUACUGAAACUACCAAGCCUUGGUUUGGAUAUUACCGAUAAAAUGUUGUCGGAAAGUGAAUAUUCUGAAACAUGCAGUAAUUCAAGUUUAGAACAAGAAACACAAAAUGUUCCUCGUGAUUUGCCCGGCAUUAGUGUCCAGUCGAGCAAUUUGUCAGAUACAAGUGACAGCAACGUCUCAAUAGCGUCUACAGGAUCAUAUGUUCCAAUUUUAAGCACUGAAAUAUGCCCACAAUCGGAUGAUGAAAAAUCAAGGUUUCUGGGUGCAUCAGUUCAUGGAGAGGACCAGCAUAUAGAUUCAUUGCUCAAUGAAACGGAACCUGCUAUGAUACCUUCGCCCCCUACUUCACCCGGAGUAUAUAAAGCAUAUACAAAAAGUAAGUGUGUUAGUGAAAUUUCGGAUACGUCCCUGGAUAUAAAGGAGAACCUACAAAGGCCAACUUCAGGUGGAAAGGGUAUGGAGGAGGGGGUAGGGCCCCACUCUGAGGUACAUCACCAACAGGGGCAUGAGCAAAGCCCAUUCGUGGAGAACGUUCCUGUGAUGAGAGAGGACGCUACUGUUUCGAUCAGAGAGCUGCAAAUACGACUUGCUUACAUGAAAGAAGAGAUAGACGAUCUACGGAUGAUAAUUCAAGCGAAAGAGGAGAAGAACGUGCUACUGGAGCAGGAAGUUGAGGAUCUUGAGGAGCAUGCGCACAGGUUGCAAGACAAAGCGCGGAAGCGCGAACUGGAAUUAUUUCAGGAGAUGGACCUCAUUCACGGCAAGAAUGAGAUUCUAAGCAAUCUCUUGGACAUCGUAAAGGAUCGGGCUGAGGCGGCAGAGUGCGAACUUGAACGAGUGUUUACGGAAAUUCACGAAGACCGUAGUCCAUCCGUUUCGUCAGACAAGAGCGGUGACGGAAAGACAAACGGAAAUGUGACGCAGGGGGACGAGAUUUCGGUAGGAAGUGACGAUGUUUUCGAGGGAUCGCCUGCUGAUAGAUUACAGGUUACAGCAUUUUGGGAGGAACAAUUCAAGAAACGUAUUCGAUCACUGGAAACCCUCCUAGCUGAAGAGAGAAGAAAAGUUUCGUAUUUAGAGAAGAAAAUCGAGAUUUCGGAGACUGACGUCACUGCCUCCGCCAUGUCUGAUGACACAAAACUGCACAUGCGCGAGAAAGAGCUUCUACAAUCGGAGCUAAAGGAGAGCCAAAAACAUGCCGUUAUGGCUAAUGACCAGAUACGAAGCCUCACGGAGAAGUUACGAAAAGUGGAAACGGAUCGCUUGCCAUCUCCUCGACAACAGCGUCGUGCUGUUGGAACAAGCAGUGCUGCCUCCGGUCAGGAACCACCACAGGAGCAGGAUCGCUAUUGCCGCACGUGUUCAGAGCUCCAGUCUGUGAAGGACGAACUGUGUGAGGAAUUGAUCUCUUUCAAGACCAAGGCAGAAGAACUACAAGGUCGAAUUGAGGAAGUUACUCAGAUCAACGAAGGGUUGGUGACAAAAUAUAACAGCAGCGAGCGGGAGCGUCAGGCGGCCGAGCAGCGUUCGGCGGCACGGACUGCGGAAGUGCGGCGGCUGGAAGAUCAGCUAGUGCGGCAGAGAGAGGAGGACCGAAUGAAGGAUAUAUUUUUGAAGGAGAGGGAUAAUGGUCUGAAAGAAAAGACAAGUCAGAUAGCUCGCAAGGAUGAACUAAUUCAGGAACAAGAGGAGAUUAUCAAACAAAGAGAGGAAGAUAUGCAGUCCCUCUUCGAACAGAUUUCACAGAGAGAGAAAACUAUCAAGGAAAUCACAGAAAAUCUCAAGGCCAGACAACACAAACUCCACGACGCAGAGGAGAAAGUGAGGGUACUCAACUCCCAGCUGGAAGAGAAGGCAGAGGAAGUGCACUACCUUGAAGAAGAGAUGCACGAGGCCGUCCUAAAACGAAAAGAGAGCGAGUCCACUAUCACUGAGCUGGAGCUGAAAAUUGAAGAAACGCUUAAGGGAGAAAAGAGCGAAAUUGAAACAGAAAAUGAGCGUCUUCAGUCAGAUGUUGAAAAUCUUAUGAGCAACAUAAGCGAACUGCAUCAAGAUAAAGAAACAUUGCAAAAUGAACUGGAUAAAGCGAAGCAAGCUCUAAGUGAAGCGAUGCUUAUGUGGGAAAGAGAUAGAUCCUCACUGGGGACACAGCUUAAUAUAGUUAAUGAGAAAAUAGCACUGUAUGAAGCUACUAGUGCAGAGAAAGAGUCCAAAGCAAUACAAACACUUAGAAAGGAGGUUCACAACAUUUUGGAAACUAGGGAAAAGUUAGUGCAUGAGUUAAGGUUGACAAAGAUGGAACAUGAAAACGCCAUCAGGGUUCUUAAGACGGAUAAAUUCAAACUGACUGAAGAGCUGACGUCGAAGAUCAGGAUGUUGACUCAUGAGAUGACAAAUAAUGACAAGAUGACGGAUGAACUUAACAUACUACGUGGACAGGAUGAUAUUAACUAUCAGCUCCACCACCACGAGAAGAUCUUGCGCGCCGAAUAUAUGGGCAUGAAGGUCCGAUAUGAAACGCAACUAGACAGGCUACAGAAGGAACACUUUGCCCUGCUUGAGGUUGUAGAAAAGCUUCAGCGCGAGAAACAUCUCGAUCAUGACAUCAUUACCGGUGUACAGAAGGGAAUGGCCUCCAUUAAAAACACGUACACUCAUGAUCUGUCUCGCUGGAAAGACGAAAGGAGUGUAUUAGAGAGUCAUAUAAAACAGAUUGAAGAGGGCAAGGAGAUAGCUGCACACCUCAAGCAACAAAUAGAGGCCUUAAAGCGCCAGCUGAGUGCCCAAGAGGUCGAAAGGUCUGAACUCAUCAACAAGAUGACCACGGAGAGGCGAAAUUGGGACAUGGAGAGAGCACAACUAAACAGCAAGAUUAACCAGUUGGAGGAGCAGCUGGGUGUGUUUGUCCAGGUCCAGUCCAGGUCACAGGACGUGCAGUACCGUAUGGAGGUGGCCUGGGGCAAGGAGAGGGAGGAACAGAAACGUCUGCUGAAUGAGGCGCACCGCCUCGCUGUGGACCUGCAGGAGCAGCUACAAAGGCGAGAAGAGGAACAUAGCAGAGAACGAACUAACCUCCUGGAUCAACUCGAGAGACUCCGGGCACAGUGCGAACAAGACAAGGCUGGCAAAGACAAAAUAUCACUCGAGUUGAACACAGAAGGUACACGGAUGCGGCACAUGGAGCGGCAGGCUGAGGAGGCGCGAGAGUGUCGCAGAAAGGAACAGGAGGCCUGGGAUCGCGAAAAGGCGGGCUUGUUGAGACGUCUUGCUGAUAUGCGGAAGUUACACAUGAGAGACGUCCGCCGAAUUGAUGACGUCCUGGCCGCUCUGAAGCGCUUGCGCGAGUUGGCCUCAAUCGUGGUGGACUCGGACACUUCCGCAACAUUGCCUAGCAACGGAAAUGACGCAGGCGGAACUUCUGGUGAUGCGUCGGCGGCCUCCGCGUCUGUGACGGCUAGUGAUGACAUGUCAAACCUGAAAGAAAAUAUCGAUCAGGUUAUACUGAAAUAUGUGAAAGAGUCACUGCGGCAGAUCCACCACGUGGCGGAGGAGUUGUCUCGACCAACACCGGAAUUCAGUAGAGAAGAAAAACAGAGCAUGCGCAGAAGUCUCUCAAGUUCCGAAAUAGAACUCCUCAAAGAUGAGUUAUUGUUAGGUCCACAAAAUGGCGACUAUUCUGACGUGACGUCAUCAGAUGGCAAGUCGGUGCAGAGACAGGUGACUAUUGAUGGUACAAGCGUUAAUACUGAUCACGUGCCAUCGGAUUAUAUAGAAAACAUUCUAAUGGAACAAUCAUCGUACUAUAACGACGCCAAAGACGCGAACAUCGAGGUCCAUCGAGUCAAACGAACAAGGGACGUCACUCGUAUGGAAACCAAAGUUACCUCCCUUCCAAAACCACCGCCAAGUUUUAUCAUUCCGCGUUCUAGGAGUACCAGUCCAGCCCCGCAAUCUAAAAUGAAACAAAACCGGCCAGUGUUAAUGACUAUUGAUGGUUCUCAUUCACAUAGACUGUCUGCACCAGUAAACGGUGCAAGCUCUAGAAGCUCCUCAACAGAUUCAUCCCCUGUUGGAGCAGUGUCACCAUCGUUCAUAGCACUUUCGCAACGGCAUGGCGGAUUGCCAGUGACAGGCGCUCUUCAGACCGGAAGUCUUGAUAGACUGUCGCCCGCAACGGCCCGUAAGCGUUUCUUUGAACCCGAGCAGCCCGAAUCAAUGUUCCUUUCGUGGUCGGAGCAUCGACCAAGGGACGGCAAGCGGAAUAGCCGUAGUUUAACUGGAUCUACUGAUCUGUAUUCUUCAAAGGGCGCGGAACAUGUUAAUGGCAAAAAUGUCAUGAGAAACUCUGUGUCCAUGGACGAUGGUGUCAUAAAUAUUGAGCCCGGGCCUAGUUUAGAUGAUGUAAGCGACACCGUCCCUCGUUCACGUAGCGUUGAAAACACGUCCGGAAAGCACCACUCAGGAAUUCGUGACAUGCUAAGCGCCAUGAAGAGAAAACUGCGACCAAAGGUUAAGCGCUCACAAAGCGCCAGAGAGUUCGACCAGAAGGCGCGCCUGAAGGCCGUCAAGGAGGCGGAAAUUGCUGCGGGCACCGAGGCCGCCAAGGAGGGACCGCGAGAAGAUGAUAGUCAUGUGACUCAGGACCAGUUGACGCCGAUUAAGAUUCCAGAUGAUGAAGAUGAUAAACAGAAGAAAUUGGCGCCAGAUGACAGUGAAGGAAAGAGCAAAUCUCGUUCAAGAUCACCUGCCAAGCGUUCCUCUGACAAGGAUGAUUCGCCUGAGCAUAUGUCUACAUUACAGCGAAUCAAGCGCCGGUUCCGAUCCAGAUCAGCUGACCGCACGGCACGUGACCGAAAAGAACCGCAUGUGAAACCGAUCUUAGUCGGGCACGCGACCAGUGCACAUGCGGACGAUCAAUCCUGGCAAUAUAGCGAGACUGGAGUGUAGUUUUAGGCCAUUUCGCUAUGAAAUAUUAAACAAAUUUGUAAAAAAUAAGAACACAUCUCAAUCAUAGUGAAUAUAUUUUAUACAUUACUGUACGUCGUAAUAUAGAAUUAAGUAUAUUUAUACUUAAAGCUGCACUCUCACAUAUUAAACGUUUUGACAACUUUUUUUAAUUUUUUGUCUUGGAACGAGCCAAGUUUGCGAAAAUCCAUGUAAACCAGUUAUAUGAGACUGCUGACAAAAAAUCGCAGAUUUUUUAUUGAAGUUAAAAAAAUGAUGUUUUAUGUAUUUUUCUUAAACCGUAAGUAACGGUUUAAGUCAUAAAACAUUAAUUUUCCAACGGAAAUAUGAAAAUCUGCGAUCUGAUCUUUUCUCAGCAAUCUGUUAUCACUGGUUUGCAGAUAUUUACGCAAAAAUUUAAUCUUUCCAUUUUCGCAAACUUGGCUCGUUCCAAGACAAAAAAAUCGCAGACAAAAAAUAAAAAAAGUUGUCAAAACGGUAAAUCUGUGAGAGUGCAGCUUUAAUACAAACGGUAUAGGUACUUCAUCACGUCUCCUCGGAAAGGGUCACGAAAACGGUCGUUCCAUGGGCUCCAUUUACUAUUUAUUUGUUCAGGUUAUAUCCGAAAUAAGACAUUAGUUACCACAAUCAAUAUGUUAUUGUUAAUUGUAUAUUGAUUAACGGGCCUAGCCUUAGCCUAGAUGUAUUUUGUCAGUUACCUAACCCCAGCAAGUCAUACUAUUGGGACAAUCGAAGCAGAUCGACCAUUUCCCAUCGUAAACAACCUCCGAUGUAUAUGUACGGUUUACAAUAUCAGAAUUCUUUACAUUUAACUACGCAAGUACAUCGCGUAGUAAUUUGAAUUUAUCAGUUAAGCCUUUAAGGACUUUACUCUUAGAAAUCUUAAUUAUUCAUGCAAUAAUACACUUUAUUGGUAAUGCAAUAAUACACUUUAUUGGUAAUGCAAUAAUACACUUUAUUGGUAAUCAACUUCGACGGAGAAAUAAAAUUAUAAGUUCAAACACUACAAUUAAUAUUUAAUUAUUUGACGAACUACUUUUACUUUUACUAAUGCGCCAGCAUACAUGCGAUGUUGUUUUCGAUGGAGAUUGGCCGAGGUGUUCCGAUUGACUGCUGGGGGUCAUAAUGUACUCGGGUAUCCACAGUCUUUUAUGUAAUCUGUGUUAUAGUUGCUCACGCCUUUCUGUGCAAUAAAAAUGUGCAAUUGAUGUUAUAACUAUAUAUUAUUCUUUGUUCGUUUAUGUAUCAUAGAUCCUUAAUAAAAAAUACACACCA